AUGACUAGUUAUACGAAUCAACUAAAUUCGGUUACCGAAAUUCGGGUCGAAGUCAAUCAAAGGCAUUUAAUCGAUAAAAUGCUGGCUCGCCGAAUUUGUGGUUUUCCGAGAAUUGAUGCAGAACGCAGGUUAGGAUUUUUAAGAUGUGAUGAUGCAAAAACCACUGCAGUUGAAAUAAUAUUUGAAGGUACCACUAGUGGAACUCUUACAAAAACAAUUUUUAAGAAUAAUGGCUUUCAUUUUCGAGAGCAAGAUUGGAACCGAUUAAAAAAAAUCGCUGAAGGAAAUCCUGAUGAACAAAAAAUUGGUGCUUUUGGAGUUGGAUUUUACUCGUUAUUCUCCGUCUGCGAAAAUCCGAAAGUAUCUUCUGGAGGACUUAUGAUGGAAUUUUUCUGGAGAGGUGACCAAUUAUACGCGAGACACGGUCCUGAUGGUUCUAAGGAUCUGAAGUGGACUACAUUCGAAAUGGAAAUGAGAACCCCUGGAGAAUUUCCAGACUUGGACAACUUCAGUCGUUUCAUGGCAACUUCAUUGGGAUUCACUGGCAAUCUCUGUGAAGUUUCCGUGUAUUUUAAUAAAGCUCGCGUGAUUCAUAUUGAGAAGAAUAUCAGUCAGUCCCAAUCUAUUGAAAUUAGAUCUGAUAUAAAUAAUAAAUCUCCGAAAGGCAUAUUUAAACUCUUAUCUGCGGAUGUGUGCAAUGUUCAAAUCGAUGCACAUAAGGUCUGCAUCCCUUCUGGGGCGCUGCCAUCUGGGAACUACCCAAUAGAAGUAGCAUCUGUAUGCCUCCAAAUUGCCAGCGGAAACUUGGAGGUUCGAGUUCAAGAUGACUUUUGUGAAGAAAUAGAAAGGUUAACAAAGAAAAAACCUCCGAAACAAACGAAAAUACAUCUCCUUCUUCCAAAAUACAACGAAUUUACAAUGGAUGAACCCUCUAAUAUUUUCAAGGAUUUAUUACCAUUCCCUAAGCAAGGAAGAAUAUUUAUCGGUUUCCAAACACAUCAAACCACUGGUUGUUCCGUAAAUGUGGCUGCUCGUGUCAUCCCAACGGUUGAACGUGAGUCGAUUGACUUAGUUGAACCAACCCUUUCUGUAUACAAUUCGGAAAUGUUAUGCUCUGCUGGAAUAUUAUCUCGUUUAUUAUACGAGAGUGAGAUGUGUCAAAUUUCCAAAAUGUACCAAAUUGCACAAAAAUCAACAUCCGAUUGCGAAAAGCGUGCAGCGCAUGUACUCGCUCAUUUUAGUUUCGGUGAUAGUACUCCAAAUUUUAAAGUGGCAGAGAUAAUUGAACAACAAUUUUUCGAUUGCUGUUCAUCAAAAUUAUCCAUAUUAUCCACUAAUGGAGUCAAAGCCAUUAACAUGAUACGGCUACCUGACCCAGAGAUGGCUGCAUUUAUUAAAACCAUUUCGGUCGUUCCAGAAAUAGUAUUCAAACAAUGUAACUUUUUCUUUGAUAGGGCGGAAACUGUAUUAAAGCUUAUCGAAAAAGCAUCAACAAAUGAUGUAUUUGAAGAAUUGAAAAGUCGAACCUUAGAUCAGGAUGAAAUGGAAGCUGCUAUGAAAUGGUGGAUAUCGUAUUCCUCAAAACAAAAUAAUUCGAAAUUAGGACAAGAAAAGUUUUUACAGCAUGCUGUUUUACGAGUUGGAACGAAUAUUUUACCAUUGAAAAACGUUCGUUAUUACCUUAAUAUAAAAAUAAUACCACCAGAAUCAGAUCUUUCAUUUGAUGUUUUACCAUAUUCUAUCAGCAAAGCAUUUAAACUUAAAGAAUUGCAGAAAUAUUUUGGAAAUUGGACAGAACUUCCCUUGGGAAUUUGGGCGAAACAUAUUCUCAAAAAAUAUAAAAUAGGAAAUGAUUCAGCUUUUGCAGAAAAUUUUAUAGGAAUUCUUUCUCAAGGUUAUAAAUUGAUGGAUGGUGAAUCACGGAUUGCUAUAUGCAAAUUACUUUCUCAAAAAUCAUGUAUUCCAACCCAAUUUGGUUUGAAAAGGCCUAUUGACACUUAUUUUCCGGAAGUAACCCUGUUUGAUGAUUUGCCAAGAUUCUCUAUGAAGGAUGUUUCCGAAGAUUUUUUCGUGCAAAUGGGUGUUCAGAAGCACGUAGAAUUACAACUCGUUUUCAGUCGCAUGGUUAAUAAUAAAAAUUUGGAUCAUAUGAAUCUUAUAAAAUAUUUCGCUUCGAUAUCAAAAAACCUUAAAAGUAAUGAGAUUGAAAAAUUAAAAACGACUGCAAUUUGGAUAGAAGAGAACGUCGACUUAAAUAAGCCAAAAGCCCAUGUUCGAAGAUAUUUGGCAAAAGAACUAUAUGCUCCAUUUCCUAUUAAUAGAUGGCUUAGAUUGCCUGUAAUUUAUUGGAACGGUAAUUGGAUUGGAAAUUCAGAUGAAGUGAAUUUUAUUAUGAAUCUUGGACUUCAAGAAUAUCCAUCCCUGCAAGUUAUUCUCCGCCUUGCAUCUCCGCCUACAGCUCCAGAAGUUCGAGAGAAAGCGCUAAAUUAUUUCGUUGAUAACCUUAGGGAAAAAUAUAGAGAAUAUAAAGCAAUUCUGGUCCAAGAUGAAUUUUUACCAUGUGAUAACUUUGAAACUUAUGCAAAACCAUCAGAUUGUUUUUCAAAUCCCGAUUGUAUGAUAAUGGGAUUUAACGCUUUACGUAAAGAUUUGCGUAUUAGAGCCGAAGAAUUGGAUGUCAGACAACAUCCUAAUGGCAAGCAACUAUUGAAAAGAUUAUCGAAUAAUCUUCCGAAUAGUAUAGAUGAUGCAAAGAUGUUUUUCAACUAUUUAUCAUCACGCAGAGGCGAUUUUGAUCAUGAUGAUUGGAAAGAGCUUAGAAGUCUUAAAUUUAUACCCGUCCAAGACAAAUCCAUGCCCGAGAAAAUUAUUUAUCACUCCCCAAGGGAUUGUUUUUUAAACUGCUUAAAUGAAAGCUAUGCUAAUAUACUUCCGAAUGUUGAUUUUGGUGAAACUGCAAACAUAUUUUUGGAAAAUUGUGGAGUUAAACGAGAACCAUCAUCUUUAGAUUUAGCUGAAUAUAUAGUUAGAUCGUCUAAAGAUUUCUGGAAUCGUAUGGACGAGGAUUCUUAUAUUUCAAUUCUCGGAACUAUUGCAUUUAAUUAUCUUUCAAUAUUUAAAGAGAAGCCUACCUUAUAUGAAGAAAUGAAAAAAUCACCAAUUUUAUUGGGUAGAAAAAAGUAUGAUGAUUCUGAACGUUAUGAAUUAGCUUGUGCAAAUGAAAUCUUUAUAAACGAUAAUGAUCGUUAUCGAGACAUGUUUAAUGCAUUAACAUGUCAAUUUAUGGAUCAAAAAAUGGAAGAAUUUUAUAGAGUAUUGGGAUGCCAGCAACUUAGUUCAAAGGUCAAUAUAACACACGAAACUGAAGGAACUCCAAUAUCUUCGCAAGUUUCUGAUGAAGUUUUAGAAAACAUAUUGGAACGGGUCCCUUGGUAUUAUUCAAGUAUACCCAAUGACAAUAUAAAAUGUGAAGGGACAUGGAUAGAAAAAUUAAAGGUUAUGGAAGUUGAUCGAGUAUAUGUCACUUAUGAACUUACAACUAACAAUAUGAUCAAUAAGGAAGAAGUUAGUUCCAGUAUUUCAGAGAAUGAGAAUACAUAUACCCUCUAUAUUUCUCGUACAAAAACAGAUUAUACAGAUAUCUCAUCAAAUUUGAUUCAGUAUAUCCAUAAGAGACCUCAGCGUGAACAUUCUUUGACUUUGUACACAUACCUGACAUCUUCUAUAGAAGUUUUGCAACGACUUGGGUAUCCAAUCGCAAAAACAAAGAAAGCAACUAAAGGUCGACCACCAGAGGUGAGACCACCAACCAUGGAACCACCGACUAAAAUCAGGAAAAUAGACCCAUCUGCACCCAUACCUAAUAAUGAAUUACAAAAUUUAUUACGUAGUGGUAUCAUGUCUUGUAGGUCAAAUUUUCAGGAUUCUGUCUAUAAUCCACCAACUGUUAAUUCAGUACCUGAAAGUCGUUGUGAUUCUGUGCCAGAAACUUCAUUAAAAUAUGUUAAAACCGAGAGUGAAAUUGAAGUUCACGUUGCAAGUAAUAUGGACCCAUCUAGUGUUUUAUCUGAUAACAUGACAAGAUCUUUGAAAGGUUUUAUCAUAGUUCUUGUCAACGUUGCCGAAAUUUUUGAAAUUCCACGAAACAAAUUAAAUAUAUUUUAUGAUCUUGAUUCAACAACGGUUGCCUUUAAUCGUGAUAGGACAUUAUUCUUUAAUUUGAAAUAUUAUAUAGAAUUCAAUGAUCCUUAUGAUAAAGCAGUAAUAGCUUGGUUUAUGACAUUUUGUCACGAAUUAGCACAUAAUUUCGUUUCGCUCCACAGUGCUGAACAUGAGUUUUUCUUACAAUCAUAUGCAAAAGCCUAUAUUCCAAAACUGUUUGAGAGACUUGGUGGUGGAACUUUUGGUGCUGGCGCAUUUGGUACUAGACCAAGUAGAACAUUGUAUAAUCCAUAUGGUGAUACACCGGGUAGCACACCAAGUAGCACAGUUUAUAACCCAUAUUCUGAUACACCGAGUAGUACACUAGGUAGUACGCCAAGGAGCACAGUAUAUAAUCCAUAUGCUGAUACACCAGGUAGUACACCAAGGAGCACAGUAUAUAAUCCAUAUGCUGAUACACCAGGUAGUACACCAAGGAGUUCAGUGUAUAAUUCAUAUGCUAAUACACCAAGUAGUACACCAAGAAGUACUGUAUAUAAUCCAUAUGCUGAUACACCACCAAGUAAUAUACCAAGUAGAACUGUGUAUAAUCCAUAUGCAAAUACACCAUCAAGUAAUGCACCAAGUAGAACUGUGUAUAAUCCAUAUGCUGGCACACCAAGUAAUACACAAAAUAGCACAGUGUAUAAUCCAUAUGCUGAUACACCAUCAAGUAAUGCACCAAGUAGAACUGUGUAUAAUCCAUAUGCUGACACACCAAGUAAUACACAAAAUAGCACAGUGUAUAAUCCAUAUGCUGAUACACCAUCAAGUAGCACACCAAGUAGUACAACAAACAGUACAAGUAGUACAACACGUAGUACAUCACGUAGUACAUCAAAUAGUAGAGUGUAUAACCCAUAUGCUGAUUAG